AUGGCGUACCCUCAGGGCUUCCUGUUCCAGCCGUCCGUUUCGCUCGCUCUGCAUUCGUGUCCGUCGUUCGGCUCCGGGGUGAUUUUAGGACCAAGGACAGAGGAGCUGGGUCGCUCCUCUUCGGGCUCAGCCUUCGCGCCGUACGCAGCAGGGUCGACCACGUUCAACAGCUCGUCACCCGCCUUCAACUCUCACCUGCCGUACGGCGGCGAGCCGAGGGCGGCGGCAACUUUGAACUCGUUCGUGGGACCUGCGUACGAGCCUUCCUCGGGCAUCACGGCCUCCUUAGACUACCACCCGUUCGGCGGCGCGCUGGGACACUACCCGUACGGAGACCCCGCGUACCGGAAAAACGCGACCAGGGACGCCACGGCCACCCUCAAAGCCUGGCUCAACGAGCACCGCAAAAACCCCUACCCCACCAAGGGCGAGAAGAUCAUGCUGGCCAUCAUCACCAAAAUGACCCUGACCCAGGUGUCCACAUGGUUCGCCAACGCGCGGAGGCGUCUGAAGAAGGAGAACAAGAUGACGUGGACCCCCAGGAACAGGAGCGAGGACGAGGAGGAGGACGACAACAUUGACCUCGAGAGGAAUGACGAGGACGAGGAGUCGAUCAAGUCCACGAAUGAGAUCCAGUCAAAGACCGAGUCCGCUGGACAGCUUCCAACCUCGGCGGGGACCCCCUGCGGGGCGUACAAAGAGGACAGCGGCAGCAGCAACGACGCGGAACACGACUUCACUGAUCCGGAUUUUAAGGAGCACGGGGAGAGGAGAGCACCCCUCGUCGCCCCGCCAAACGCACAGAUAGGAGUGCACCGCGGGGUGUCCGAGUCGGAGCGCGCGCGGAGUCCGACGUCCAAGCCGCGCAGCGAUCACUCCGGGACCGGCCUGUCCGCCAACGCCACGUCCGUUAUUCACUCCCAGAACGCCACCAACAAGCCCAAGCUGUGGUCGCUCGCCGAGAUCGCGACUUCCUCGGACAAAUGUAAAGGAUCUAGCGACGUUUCCCCGAGUUUGGGGACGACGGGGCCGCACAUCACGGCCCCCAGGAGCCAGUUCCCCCUCUCCAGGCACCUGUAUUACACCGCUCCCUUCAUCCCGAACUACUCCAGCUAUGGCACUUUCGGACCCUUGCAUAGUGGCCCCGGAUCAAACGUGGGCUCCGCGACACAUUUAAACGGAUUACAUCAGACGAUGCUGCAGAGGGCCGAGGCCUUGGCCAGGGACUGUAAACUCCGAGGCCACACGCAGCUGGACAUCUGCAAAGACCUAACGCAGCACGAGCUAAGGAAAGGCACGGCCAACGUGUAGGGGUCCUCUCUGAGUGGGGGGGGGGGCAGCGUGCUGGAGAGGGACGCAUAUAUUUAUUCGGACCAUGCAGUGUUGUGGGACGCCGGCUGGACUUGCCCUGGAUUUAAGACAAAGUAUUAAAAAGAACAAGCCUAAAAGCAACCAUAGACUAUUAUUUAGUAACAAAAGGGAAAAAAAGAAAUCUGAUUUUAGACUGCAUUUUGUAUGUUCAUAAAGAUGUAAUCUUUGUAGUGCACUUCUGCACAAACCGUGAAUUGCUCAUUAAAA